CGAUAGAUGGCAGCUCCUCACACACCCACAGUGACAAGAACCGGAACACGGAGCGGACACGGCGGAAUAUUCUCUACAUUACAAUAAAGAAAAAACGAACGAGCAUCUAUGGACUUUGAAGAAGAAACAAUCUGAGUUGCAAAUAUUUUGAUUUCUUUUGGAGAAAUUUACAGAAGAAAAGGGUCCAGACCGAGCAGCGCGUGUCCUCUGAGCAGCAGCGUCUGUCAUGCAGCACUACGGGGUGAACGGCUACUCUCUCCAUGCCAUGAACUCACUGAGCGCCAUGUACAACCUCCACCAGCAGGCGGCGCAGCAGGCCCAGCACGCGCCUGACUACAGGCCUUCUGUGCACGCGCUAACACUUGCAGAAAGACUGGCUGACAUUAUCCUCGAGGCCCGGUAUGGUUCCCAGCACCGAAAGCAGCGGCGCAGUCGGACAGCCUUCACAGCUCAGCAGCUGGAGGCUCUGGAGAAAACCUUCCAGAAGACCCACUACCCUGACGUGGUGAUGCGAGAACGCCUGGCCAUGUGCACCAACCUGCCUGAAGCUCGAGUACAGGUCUGGUUCAAGAACCGUCGAGCCAAGUUCCGUAAGAAGCAGCGCAGCCUGCAGAAGGAGCAGCUCCAGAAGCAGAAAGAAGCAUCCGGAGCUACCGAAGGAUCUUCAGAGGACUCCAAAACGGACCUCACAACCAGCGCCACUACGCUGGUUCCCGAGGUCCGCACUCCUCCUCCUCCCUCCUCCUCUUCCUCCUGUCCGUCUGAGCCGGAGCGACUGGCUACUCCACGACCACAGCCCGCUGAGAUGAGCGUGGAAGUAAACGUCACCUCACCAGAGCCGUCGGACAGCGAGUCGGUGGCGGAAGAUAACGCUGACAGGGAGGACGAUGAAAUGAGUGUAGAGUCAAGGGUGAAACUCAGGGAGGAGGCACCGGGGGAGUUGGCGACACAUGGAGGUGGCAGCUCUCCAACCUGCAAACGACUCAGCCCCUCCUCAGACUCUCCGUUAAGCUCUCCCCCGCUGCCGUCCUCCAGCAGCGUAACCAGCGGCUUGGCUCAGAGCAACUCCUAUGCCUCGUCUCCUCUCAGCCUUUUUCGGCUGCAGGAGCAGUUUCGGCAGCACAUGGCAGCGACCAACAACCUGGUGCACUACCCCUCUUUUGACAUGAGCACGCCAUCUUCCCUGCCCUACCUGGGCAUGAACGUCAACAUGCCCUCCCCUCUGGGCUCGCUGCCCUGUCAGUCCUACUACCAGACCCUGUCACAGGCGCAGCAGGUGUGGAGCAGCCCGCUACUGCAGCCGGCUCCAGGCGGCCUCCCGGGAAGCCUCAACAGCAAGACCACCAGCAUCGAGAACCUCCGUCUGAGGGCCAAACAGCACGCAGCCUCGCUGGGAUUGGACACACUUCCCAACUGAAGGUCCAGGCUGCACAGAAUCCAUGUUUGACCAUCAGUGACUUCCUCUCAAGCGUCCUUACGACCUCUAUGAAUCCACACAGAAUUUCAACACAUCUCCACGAACGUAGUCAGUUUUUUAAAUCAAUUUAAUCUUGAGACUUUAGCCUUCUCAAAUUGCUUUCGUGUUUGAUCCCUGCCCACAUUUGGCUCAUAUGAUUCAAAUGACGCUUGGACCAACUCAGCUUUAAAACCAGAUGAUAACAAUUUGUAAACAUUUUCAUUUGAAACACAAUCUGAGCUUGAGGAUGGACUUUGGAGGACCUACCUCAACAUGGAUCAUCAACACCUGCAUCCCUUUUUGCCUCAUCAUCAUCAUCAUUAACACCAUGGCCUUGUACCUCACUGAUAAAAACAAAAAGAGUCGCUGGUUGGAUGGAACAAACCAAUGAAAUCCUCCAGUCUGGACUGCAACUGCUUGUUUGAACGCCACCAGGUCAACAGCACCAGUCAGCGCUCGCUACGAUGACAUCAGGGCCGCGCCGUCCAGCAAACAUUCGAGACACUGAAACAUCUUUCACGUGUAAACUAUGCAUGCACCUCUUGGGAUUUUACAGCAACACAGCAGCUGUCCGGACGGCCAACACCACAAACAAAAGGUCCAAUCGCCAAUCAGUCUCUUUCCACGAAAGUUGCAAACCUGCAGCUUGGAUUGCAAGAAUCCAUUGAGUAUUGUAAAUAUCCCUCCCCCUCCAUCCGAAAUGUCACCAAGCAAACUCACGUGUGAUGACCUUGUUUGUUUUCCAACUGUAGCUUCAAGAAAAAGAACCGAAAAGAGAAGAGAACGGUAAAUAAAUACGAGCCCAGCUGAGGCGUUCCUGUUCACGACGGAUCAAAGCCGACAUGUUUCCUCAGCAGGUUCCAGCAGAGAGAGAACCUGUAUGUAUUAUAUCGCUGUAGAAUAAAGACGUGUAUUCCUCAAUUGUUUAAAAUAUGAGUAAUUUAUCUGUUCAGUGUAAGAGAAUAAAUCAAGAAUGACUUA